ACAGGAAACUCCAGCGAGCUGUUCGCCACUUUAACAGCGGCGGGAGACGCGGCGCGCGAGACGGGGCGUUAAUGACUCGAUUUUCACCUCAUUUUUUAAUCAACCAUGGCCGUCGAGGCACUCGACUGAUUACAGACUCUCUCCUUUUUGUGUUUGUUUAACUUGAGAAACUCCAGCGCUGGGAAAACUCGAGUUUGAAGAGCCUGCGCGCUGAGAGAGAGAGAGUUGGGCGUGAGACGUCGGGGUGGCUCCCUCGGUGCAUAAUAUUUCGUUCUUCCUCGCGUUUUUUAGCUUCUUCGACUUCUCGCAUCGCUUGAUACUCGUUUGAAACUCCGAAAAGAUGGGGUGCACCCUGAGCUCGGACGACAAGAGCGCCCAGGAGAGGAGUAAAAUGAUUGACAAAAACCUGCGCGAUGAUGGAGAGAAAGCGUCGCGAGAGGUCAAGCUUCUGCUGCUGGGGGCUGGCGAAUCUGGAAAGAGUACAAUUGUCAAACAGAUGAAGAUCAUCCAUGAAGCAGGCUACUCAGAGGAAGAGUGCAAGCAGUACAGAGCCGUGGUCUACAGCAACACUAUCCAGUCCAUCAUUGCCAUCAUAAGGGCCAUGGGCCGCCUGAAGGUUGACUUUGAAGAUCCUGGGCGGGCUGAUGACGCAAGACAGCUGUUUGUUCUGGCCGGCUCUGCGGAUGAGGGAUACAUGACGAGCGAGCUGUCAGGAAUCAUCCAGCGUCUGUGGAAGGAUGGUGGGGUUCAGGCUUGCUUCAGCCGCUCCAGAGAGUACCAGCUCAAUGACUCGGCUUCAUAUUACCUGAAUGACCUGGACAGAAUAUCCAGUUCUUCUUAUGUCCCAACUCAGCAAGACGUCCUGAGGACCAGGGUGAAGACGACUGGUAUCGUAGAGACCCACUUCACUUUCAAGGAUCUUCACUUCAAAAUGUUUGAUGUGGGCGGCCAGAGAUCCGAGAGGAAGAAAUGGAUCCACUGUUUUGAGGGCGUGACCGCCAUCAUCUUCUGCGUGUCUCUCAGUGACUACGACCUGGUCCUGGCUGAAGAUGAGGAAAUGAAUCGAAUGCAUGAGAGUAUGAAGCUGUUUGACAGCAUCUGCAACAACAAGUGGUUCACGGAUACGUCCAUCAUCCUGUUUCUCAACAAGAAGGAUCUGUUUGACGAUAAGAUCAAAAGAAGCCCUCUUACUAUUUGUUUCCCGGAGUAUACUGGAUCCAGCACGUACGAGGACGCAGCCGCUUACAUUCAGUGUCAGUUUGAGGACCUGAAUAAGAGGAAGGACACCAAAGAGAUCUACUCCCACUUCACCUGCGCCACAGACACCAAGAACGUGCAGUUCGUCUUUGACGCAGUCACUGACGUCAUCAUCAAAAACAACCUUAAGGACUGCGGGCUCUUCUAAGACGAGCAGUCUCUCUGUGUGAGAGUGGCCUAAUGGGAAACCUUUGGGAGAACCGGAGCAGGAGGAAGGUCAACCACGAACCUGAAUGUUGAAUGCGUUACUUAACUUUAUAAUUUAUGUUCUCCAAACAUUUUAGUUUUUUUUUUUUUUUUUUUUUUUUUUUUUAACUGUAUUUUAGGGAGAGAAAAAAAAGCAUUUUGUGUAAAAUAUUUGUACAACUGUAAUUGUUGGAGUUUUUCCGCAGUUUUUAGACAUUGACUUUUACAGGUCCUUUUUUUUAAAGGCUAUUUUUCAUUCAGUGGGAUUUUGGGAGCAUCAUUCUGUCGCUUUCUGUCUUUAAGGUCAUGUGCCUUGUAUUUAAUAUUGCAGUGCUUUUUUUUUUUUUUUUUUUUUUUUCCCACUUCAGCCAUGUUAAAUAAGAGCCAGCUGAUAUUUAUCCACGCAGCUUUCAUCUGUUCAACAGUAGUCUAAACUACGAAAAACAGAUAUUUUUUGCUGUGAAUUCAAUGGGGAAAAAUCCAAGCAUGUCAGAAUAGCUCUGAAAACCCGAGCGCCGCCGUCAUAACCAGCGUGCGUGUUUUCAGAUUUGCCUGUGAUUCGGAACGAUGGAAAAACUGUGGUGAACCUGAAAUUUGCUGAUGAAUUAGUUCCUCUGCACCUGCAGAUCAUGAACUGUUUUAAUGGAGAACUUGGCAAAAGGUCAACAUUUUGCAUUUUUUUUUUUUUUUUUUUUUUUUUGAUCAAAGGGAACCAUUUUUGAAUCCAUUAAAAGGGACCAAAGAACUUCUCUUCAGAAUUCCUGUAAACCUUUCCUUUUUGCACUAGGUUCACGUACCCAUGUUACACGAGACACGAUUUGACAAACCUGUACAAUGUAACGUCAUAUAGAGGCCCUCAGUACGAGUCUUUUCUGAUGGUAACAUGAUCAAUUUAAAUGGUUUUAAAAUUCACAUCCCUUUUUAAUGUAGGUUCUCAUUGGAUGGGAACAAAUAUUGACUAAUAUUCACUAUUUUGCUAAUAAAAAUGCUGUUGACAUAACAGCAUCCUGAAAUAA